AUGAGCUUCGAUUCAUAUGAUUAUAUUAUCGUGGGAGGCGGCCUCUCCGGAUGUGUCCUCGCUAACCGACUACGAGAGUACAAGACAACGUUAAAAAUCGUCUUGCUUGAAGCUGGCAAAGAUACCCGCGAGCGUUCAGAUGUCAGGCACCCCCAGGUUCUCAAUCUUGGGGGCGACUUGGACUGGUCGUACGAAACUGAGCCAGCCCCGAAUGCCGCGAACCGCACUUUCACCCUAAAUUCGGGCAAAGGGCUCGGCGGCGGCACAGCAGUCAAUUCAAGCGGCUGGACUCGCGGAUCUGCGAAUGACUUCGACGAGUGGGCGGCUUUGGUCAAGGAUGAACGCUAUAAUUAUGCCGGGCAGCUACCUUGGUUCAAGAAGUGUGAGCGCUGGUUUGAUGAAAAGAAUCCCGAGCAGCAUGGCCUAGAUGGACGUAUAACGGUUGGCUCUUCUGGGUCGAACAAGCGCCUAUUCCCCUUGACCGAAAAGAUUGCAGAAGCUUGGGAUGCACUUGGAGUUCCUGUUCUCCCGGACCUUGACCAAAACGCAGGAGACAACCUAGGACGGGCUUACAUUUGCGAGUCAAGACUGGAUGGUCAGCGACAAUGGUCACCGGUAGUCUACCCUCUCGAUGGUGUUGAAGUUCGGCUUGAAGCCUUGGUCCAAAGAGUCGUGAUGGAAAACAGCAGCGGACACCCUCGUGCUACGGGUGUCGAAUUGAGUGACGGCAGUAUCUUGUCAGGCAAAGAAGUUAUUCUGUGUGCCGGAGCUUUGAGGUCCCCACAGCUGCUCCAGCUCUCCGGUAUUGGCUCACCUUCAGAUCUCAAAGAAGUCGGAAUCGAUCCAGUGGUUGACCUCCCCGAAGUUGGCAAGGGGCUAACUGACCACUUGAACUUCUGGCAGCACUGGCGGCUCCGGGACCCCUCCGCGGGUUAUACCCUUGGCUCCCCAAACCCGUUAUUUUCUGAGCCUCAGUACACUAAGGGAACUCCUAUGGAAUGGGUCGUGACCCAUUCCCUACCAGAGCAGGGCCUUGCUAUCGCCAUUGAAAAGGAUGAGGGGGUCAAGCCGAAUCCAUCCAAGCACCCGCUGCUCUCGAGGGCCCGUACUUUCAACGAGAGCUUGAUCCUCCACGCCAAAGUCCCACUGCCUGGUAUUCCAAUGGAUUGUGAGCACAUGACUACAGCUGUCAUAAACUUCUUGCCCACUUCUAGGGGUACGGUUUCCUUAAAGUCAGCGAAUAUUGAAGAUCCCCCAAAGAUCAAUAUGAACUAUCUUUCCACUGAGGUAGACAAGUACCAAAUGCGCGAGGGUAUUCGAAAAAUUGCCUCAUUUAUGCUCGGCCCUAUUUUCAGCCAAUAUAUUGCGGGCGAGACGGUACCCGAUGCGUUGGCCGUCGAGCCUGUUACGCUCAAUGAUAGUGACGAGAAGCUGGAUAAUAGGGUGACUCUAGCUGCUUCGACGACCUGGCAUUAUUCUGGAACUUGCUCCAUGGGCAAGGUUGUGGAUACUGACUUUAGAGUUUAUGGUGUAAAGGGUUUGAGAGUGGUUGAUGCUUCGGUAAUUCCCGUGCCACUAAGUGCUCAUAUUCAAGCACCCCUUUAUGGGCUGACAGAGCAGGCAGCAGCAAUAAUUGCUGGUAAGGCAUGA